AUGUGUACAGACAACGAGACUGAAAUAACAGAUAUCCUACUGCUGGGCUUCCAUGAUAUAAACUAUUAUAAAACACCACUUUUUAUUCUGUUUCUAUCAGUUUACAGUGUAAUACUAUGUGGAAAUAUUCUCAUUUUCUGUCUGGUGACAUUUCAUGAAAAUCUCCAGAUCCCCAUGUUUUACUUUCUGAAGCACUUGGGGUUAGCAGAUGUUCUGCUUACAACCAGUAUCAUUCCCAUGAUGUUACACAUCAUACUAAAUGAUGAAAUGGUUUUAACUCUAGUUGGAUGCAUUUGCCAACUUUACAUUUUUGGUCUUUCUGGAUUCAUUCAAUGUUUUCUUCUUGCAGUAAUGUCUUAUGAUAGAUAUCUUGCCAUCUGUUACCCACUGCAUUAUAUUUCAAUAAUGAGCCCUAAUGUUUGCCUUCUGCUUGUUGUAGGGUGUUGGUUAUUAGUAUUUGUUUUUAUAACCACUGAUAUUAUUAUGGUGUUCCAGUUACAGUUCUGUGGUCUUAAUCAGAUUGAUCACUUUUUCUGUGAUUUUGGCCCAGUUGUAGCACUUUCUACUUCAGACACAUCGGUAUUAACAAUGUUUGAUUUUAUCAUUUCAAUCCCGAUGAUGUUUGUUCCAUUUAUAUUCAUCAUUGGAACCUAUGUCUGUAUCUUCAUAACCAUCUUCAGGAUGAAUUCCAUGGUUGGAAGAAGGAAAACAUUCUCCACCUGCAGCUCACACCUAACUGUUGUGUGGACAUAUUAUGGGACUCUGAUCAUAGUUUAUAUGGGACCAUCUGCAGAAUACUCUGUAAAUAUGAAAAAAUUCCUAUCUCUUUUGUACAUUGUAAUUGCUCCUUUUAUGAAUCCCAUCAUAUACAGCUUGAGGAAUAAGGAGAUCAGAGAAACUCUGAGGAAAUAUAUUAAGAUGGCAUAA